AUGAAUAUAAAUAUUAUAAAAACCAAAUCAUUUGUGUUUUAUAAUAUUUUUUUCCCGAAGAAAUUACUUUUACCCUUAAUCAUUAUUCGAACAGCAACAAAAAGAUCAUCAGGAUCAACUAAAAAUAACCGAGAUUCACCAGGAAAACGACUAGGGGAAAAAGUAAAAGCAGGAAAUAUUCUAGUUCGACAAAGAGGAACUAAAUUUUAUCCGGGAGAAAAUGUUGGAAUGGGUAGAGAUCAUACACUUUAUGCUUUGGAGCCAGGAUUUGUUCAAUUUUAUCGAGAUCCAUUACAACCUAAAAGGAAAUUUGUAGGAAUUGUAUUUGAUCGUGCAAUUAAACUUCCUUUAUCUAAAAAUGAACCAAGGAUUAGAAGAUUAGGGAUGAAAGAGUAAAAUAUUAUACGAGGUUCUAAAUAUUACCAUAUCUUUUCGAAUACAUUCCAAGAGCUUUAAUAGUGAAAUUAAAUUUAUAAUUUGGGUAACUGUAUGAUUAAAAUAAGUAAAAAAAGAGUUAUAUAUUUAUACCUAAUCAUGCUAUAAAAAUUAAAAAAAAAAUCAAAAAAAUGAUUGAAACAUACCAAUUUUUAUU